GUUGCCUUACAAAAACACCCAUUUCAGACCCAUUUAUACCUAUGGACCAUCGGAAACGAGCAGCCCGAGCGUGAGUUUCAAGAUUCUUGCGAACCACGAUCAUCAUAUCUGACUGUUUAUACUAGUUGUGAUGAGUGCCGACGUCUGAAGGAGAAGUGUGAAGGUGGAGCCCCAUGUAGAAGGUGUUCGCAUUUCCAGCGCCAAUGUGAAUUCAAGGGGCUGGUGUCAAGGACACGGGAAUUUCGAAGCUAUGUUCCACGGGAACGCGCAGGAAGAUCUGAUUUCCAAGAGCAGAUUGAGCGCUCAAAAUAUAUGGAACGGAUAUUGAAACGCACCAUCGAAGGGAUUAGGCUUGAUACGAAGAGCUUAGCCAGAUUGGCAGAUGCUCUUGAUGCCGAUGCGUCAGAUGUCAAAGAGAUUGAAGGACUCGUCAUUGACGAGGAGGCUUGCACGAUGAAUCCCAUUAGCGAUACCACUACCCACUUUUCUGGCGAAUUCUCAUAUUGGAAUUUCUCCAUGCGUGUGAAGAGUCAUAUUGAGAAACAGAUGGAAGGAUUAGGAAGUCAGCCGCAAGACUCGGAUGAGGUCUCGGAUUUUCCACGCGCCCACCAAUUAAGGCCGGGACGAGCUCAUCUAUCAGCAGCAAUCUCAUCCUGCCCUCCUCGACAAAUUGCCGACUUCCUGGUAAGGACGUUCUUCAAGUACGCAGAGACACAUUAUUUCUUUGUCGGGCAAAUCUGGCUUGUUGAGAAAAUGGAACUGCUCUACAGGGAUCCGGCAAGCUUUACCCAAAAGGGUGGUGAAGUAGUCAUCAGCAUUCUGCUUAUGGUUUUCGCUAUUGGAACACAAUACGCACAUCUUGAGUCCUCAGCUGAUGAUACCGCGGGACGUUCUAAUACCAUGGAACCUGGCUUUGCAGAGGAAGAUAUCGGUACAACAUUCUAUCAACAGGCCGUUCGACUGCUACCUGAAAUCAUUGAGCUCUCGUCUCUAGAGAGUGUUCAGGCUUGUCUGCUCUUGGGUUACUAUGCUCUUCCCGUGGAUGCGUCAGGACUGGGUUAUAUCUAUGUUAACCUUGCUAUCCGACUCGCAAUGCAGAAUGGAAUGCACCGCAAAUGCAAAGAUGGUGCAUUUAGUCCCAAGAUGAUAGAGACUCGUAAUCGUGUUUGGUGGACGGCUUAUCUACUCGAGAGGAAAAUAUCGAUAUUUCAUGGUCGGCCUCUAUCUGUUCUCAGAUCAGAUGUUGAUGCAAGCAUACCACUCCAUCAGCCGGAUCUUGAACUGGGUGAUUCUCAGGCAAGUGUCGCGCGUGCAGAAGCAUCGAUCCAACUGAUCAAUUUCCUCGAGGACCUAUUCAAUGAAGUAAACGUUCUUCGCAAUUCUCCAAAGCAACAGAUACCCAGGGUGAUCAAGAGUCUAUUGGCCUGCACGUCACGCUUGAGAAACUGGUGGGAAUCCCUUCCAGAAGAUGUCGUCGCUAUCAGAAGUUACCAACCGAUAGAUUUUCGCUCAAAAAUGCACCUCAGACUGGAGUAUUGUUUGGUACGAAUGUUCAUCGGGCGCCCAUUUCUUUUAAAGCGGGAAACAUCAAACGCCGCAGAUGUCUCGCCUAUGCAUUCGGAAACAAGCCCUGGGGCUCUCCAAGCUACGGAAAGCGGGAACCAAAGAUACCUUGCGAGCCGCAGCGACUUAGUCGAUGAUUGCAUCAAGGCCGCGACUGAGGCCUUGGGAAUUUGUCAAGAUCUAAAGGACAACGGAGAAGGGCUAGCACGAGCCUCGUAUAUCGAGUAUAGCUCAUGUCGAGCUUCAUUACUUGUGUUGAUCGCUUACUCGAUUCAGAACUUCUCUGAGCAGUUCCGCAAGCUGCUUUAUAGUGGUCUUGAUAUGAUUCGAGAAAUGUCUGCUGCUGGCGAGUCUGCUCGUUCAGAGGUUUCCUUGAUCGAAACACUUGAGCGUGCUCUUGCGCACUUACAUACUGAAGCACAGAAAUCUCAGCAUGAUAAGAGUAUGGAGCAGCCGGGACAUAAUGUAUCGGAUUAUGAGGCUUUCAGACACUGGGGGACGAAAUUCCGAGGAGGGAUAGACGCAUCUGAAAUGUCGGCGAGUGCGUCUACUGGUCAAAUACGACCACUUUCAUCUUCAGAUCAGCCUCCUCUCCACGAUCAAAUGGGAGACUUGGAUAAAUCCGGGGAAUCACUAUACAGAGACUUCGACGCCAGCAUGCUUGGAGAUUUUGAUUCCGUGAUUGAGAUGUCCAUCUUUGGCCCUGAGAAUUCCUCUCCAUCUGCAGCGUGGCCUACCUGGACAGAGACCCAAGUUCUUGAGCAGUUUCUCACAAACUCUGGAUUCGAAACCCAGGGAGUGAUGAACAGAUAG